AUGAGGGUGGCGCUGAGAGCCCAAGCCACGGCGGCAUUGAGGGUCAGAUGGAAGGAUUGGGUGGCGGACCCCCGCCACAAGCACAAGCACGGAAGGAGAGUCGCCGAGGCUGUCCGGCCAGUAUUCGAGGAGUGGGUGGAAGGUGUCAAGUCACACGACUUGACUUUCCACGCUGUGCAGAUCCUGUCGGGGCACGGUUGCUUCGGCAAAUAUCUGCACAGUAUUGGGAAGGAGCGCACCACGUGCUGCUGGUAUUGCCCGGAGGGAGCGGACACGGCGCAACAUACUCUGGAGAUCUGUCCGGAAUGGACAAAAGAGCGCCGUGCCCUCCGGGCACAGUUAGGAGGGCAUCUCUCCCUCCCGGCAGUCGUGGCCAAAUUGGUCAGGCCGGGAGAGGAAGGGAGAGAUAAUUGGAGAGCUUUCACCUUCUUUGCUAGCGCGGUCUUGCGAAAGAAGGAGGCGGAUGAGCGGGUGAGGAGGGGAGAAGCCGCCCCUCCUCAAUCGGACAGUGAUUGA